AUGAGAGAACUUGGAAGAUUACUGAUUUUACUUAGAGAAACUGACAAAGAUAUUAAUUCUCUAGAUGAUGCAAUCCAUCCAAAGAAGUACCCUGCUGUGGUAAAAUGUACAAAAACUCUAUGUGGCUUUCAAGAAAACUCAAAUUCAUACAAUAAUCCAUCCUUAGCACUGAAGUUGGGACAUUCUCUUAAAAAAUGUGCAAAAAUAAAAAAUUCUAUAGCCCUGAUUCAAGGAAAUGGAAAUUCAACCAAAGACGCAGAGGGAUUUUUCACUCUGUGUGAAAACGAAUGGACUGAUUCAGUCUCAAGCAGUGCAUUUCAGACGUUGGCAUCAAACAAAUUGAACAAAGGUCAUGGAUUACCUCUCGCAGAAGACAUCCAAAAAAUGCAAACUCUUCUGAAGGAAAAAACUGAAGAGCUUGUUAUUCAGCUACAAAAAUCAGUGAAGAAAUCUGUAUGGGAUGAGCUGAAUCAAGUGACAUUGGCCAGACUUGUGAUGUUUAACAGACGCAGAGGUGGAGAGUCAGAGAGAAUGACACUUGCAUCUUUCUGUGAAAAAAGGUCAAAGAGUGACUCACUAAAAGAAAUUGAAGAUUCCUUAAAACCACUUGAAAGAAUCCUCUGUAAAACCUUUUCAAGAGUUGAAAUUCGUGGAAAAAGAGGACGCAUGGUCCCAAUCUUAAUAACACCAGCACUAGAGAGGAGCAUAGUUUUGCUAAAUGAAACCAGGGAACAGGCUGGAGUAAGUAAAAGCAAUCCUUAUGUCUUUGCCAGGUCAGGCUUCAGUUCCCUUAACCCAAUCCGAAGCUCAGAUUGUCUUCGAAAGUUUGCUGAAGAAAGUGGGGUUAAAAACACUCAGAAUUUGACUAGUACAAAGCUGAGGAAACACGUUGCUACAGUAUCACAUAUUUUAAAUUUAGAGAAAAGUGACAUUGAAAUCAUGGCAGGUUUCCUUGGACAUGACAUUAGGGUGCACACAUCAUUUUACAGGCUCCCAAGCGAUACAUUACAGAUUGCAAGAAUGGGAACAAUUCUGACUGCUUUUGACAACGGAGAAAUUUUAAAAUACAGUGGAAAAUCAUUGGACCAAAUUGCCUGUGAAGACAUUAAACUUGGCAAUGAAGAAGGUGAAGAGGAUAUGAGCAGUAGUGGAGAGGAAAGUGAUGAAGACAAUUGUCACAGAGGAAAAAAGAGGAAGCUGAAUCCUCCAAAAGAAGCUGCAGAGAAUGAAUCUGACAGUGAAGAGGACAAUGAGAAUGCACAUGGCAUGACUAAGAAAGAAAGGGAACAUGGGAAAAAUACAAAAACAGGCUCCUCAAAGAAACCAGGAAGUGAUGACCAAUACGUGAAAGGGAAACAUAAAAGAGUGCCAAAUACACGACAUCAGUGGACACAAGAUGAGAAAGCUGCCCUAUUGAGAAAUUUUAAGAAGCCUAUUUCUUUAGGAAAAACACCUGGCCAAUUGGAUUGCUUAAAUGCUAUUAGGCAAGAGACAUGUUUAGCCAAGUUCACUUGGAAACAAAUAAAGUUUGCUGUAAAAAAUCUCAUUACAUCUGAAAGAAGACAAGUGAAGAAAAUGACAAAACAGGUGUAGAUUUCUUUACAAA